AUGAAGAAGGCUUCGUCGCUCUCAGAGCUGGGCUUCGACGCCAACGGCGCUUCCUUGGGCUUCUUCCGCCCCAGGGAUCCGCUACUGUUCCACCCCGUUGCCGACGGCGGCGCCACACCCACGGCGCACCGCCGGAGGUUGACCAAGGUCUCCGUCAUCGGCGCCGGCAACGUGGGCAUGGCCAUCGCGCAGACCAUCCUCACGCGCGACCUCGCCGACGAGAUUGCGCUGGUGGACGCGCUCCCGGACAAGCUCCGUGGUGAGAUGCUGGACCUGCAACAUGCCACGGCAUUCCUGCCGCGCACGCGCCUCGUCUCCGACACGGAUCUGGCCAUGAUCCGGGGCUCCGACCUGGCCAUCGUCAUGGCCGGCGCGCGCCAGAUCCCCGGGGAGUCGCGGUUCAACCUGCUGCAGCAGAACGUGGCGCUCUUCAAGAAGAUCGUGCCGGUGCUGGCGGAGCACUCCCCAUCCUCGGAGGCGCUGCUGCUCAUCGUCUCUAACCCCGUCGACGUGCUCACCAACGUCAUCAGCUCCGGCACCAACCUUGACUCGUUCCUCCUCGCCAAGCACCUCGACAUCAACGCGCAGGAAGUGCAGAUAGCGCUUGGGACACCCAACUUGGUAACUAUCUUCUCCCCCACCGAGAAGCACAACCCCUUGACGACUAAAGCAAGCGACGACCAGAACGUCACCGAGUGUUACGUUGACGCAUCCAUACCAUCAGAAAAGUUGAUCAUGGGACCAACCCCAGCUGGUCUGGGUGUGGUCAUUCGGCUCUCUCAACACAAAAACCAUCGAGGCGUGCUCGUGAAAGCACACGUCAACGACCCGGCCGACCGUCUCGAUGCUUCAGCUCUGGCUAUGCAGCUUGCUGUUGUCAUUUGCGAGCGCUUGGACCUUGAGGAGGUCACGUUCCUGGAUAACCAGUCGCUUGUCACAACUCUCCAGGCGCACGGCAACUCGGGCAGAAGAUGGGUCGUCAAAAUCCCAAGGAGUGCCAACAAGAAAGCGCACAAGCUCGCCAAACAGGCUCGGCAAUCUCUUGCAGGGAAGGCAUGCGAGUUUACACGCAACAAUAAAAGUCAUGCCGGUUCGUGCCCGGUGCUACAGGCGCUCCACAGCGGUCAAUGGGAGGAGGGCUUCUCCCUUGUCUCUGUACUGUGCUUCUGAUUGAACUACUAGCGGGGAAACCAUAACCACCUCAAGGUGAGGUCGCAUGCUUUUAUGGAUUCCCAUCAGAGGGUUGCAAUUUCUAGGUUGCAGAUGUAUUUGGACUUUUUUUUUUGAGGAAGAAAAAUGUGUUGCGGCGGGCUAAGCAUUAAGCUAA